AUGAGCGAAGUAAAUUCCCCUAUCAACCUCAACCUCAAGAGCCCAGAUCUCUUCCGGGAUAAAGCAUACGUAAAUGGACAAUGGAUCGAAGCAAAGUCCGGGAAGAGAUUCGAUAUCAUCGAUCCCGGCACUGACCGGAAAUUCGCCUCAUGUCCGGACAUGGCAGCCGAGGAUGUCGACGACGCAGUGAAAGCAGCACAAGCAGCAUUCCAAACCUACCGCACAUUCACUCCGCGCGCCCGCUCCGAGCUACUGACUAAAUUCUACAACCUAAUCCAAGAGCACAAGGACGACAUCGCCACGAUUCUUGUAUACGAAACCGGCAAGCCGUUGGCCGAGGCCUACGGUGAGAUCGAUUACGCGUCCUCGUUUCUGCGCUGGUUCGCUGGCGAGGCGGAGCGUGUGCAAGGCACAACCUUUGCUGCUGCUCUUCCCGGCCGCCGGGUCUUCACUAUCAAGCAGCCCCUUGGUGUCACGGCUGCCUUGGUACCAUGGAAUUUCCCAAUUGCGAUGGUCUUGAGGAAAGCUAGUGCAGCUCUAGCAGCGGGGUGUACGAUGGUUGCGAAACCAUCACCCGAGACCCCUUUAUCGGCUUUGACACUAGCAUAUCUGGCUGAAAAGGCUGGAAUCCCAAAAGGCGUGCUUAACAUCUUGCCUACCACUCUAGCGAAUACGCCUAGUCUCAGUGAAGCCCUCUGCAGGCAUCCCCUAGUGAAGAAGGUGUCUUUUACUGGCUCUACUCGAGUCGGAAAGAUUCUUUCUGCUCAUUGCGCGGAUGGCCUGAAAAAGCUGACACUCGAGCUAGGAGGUAAUUGCCCAUUCAUAGUAUUCGGCGAUGCGAAUUUGAACCAGGCUUGCGAUGCAUUGAUGGCGCUGAAAUUCCGACACGCGGGCCAAGCUUGUGUCACAGCAAACCGAGUAUAUGUCCAUAGGGAUAUAUAUGAAAAGUUCUCACAUAUUUUAGCGGAGAAAACGCGUCAAAUCCAGGUCGGCCAUGGUAUCGAGAAGGGGACGACUAUGGGUCCCCUUACGGUCCCUACGGGCGUCGACAAGACAGCUGCUCAGGUUGAGGAUGCCGAGAAGAAUGGUGGGACCAUUCUAACGGGAGGUAAUCGUAUAACCUCAAGAAACGGGUAUUUCUUUGAGCCUACAAUCAUCACGAAUGCAUCGCAAGCUAUGAAGAUUGCCUCGGAAGAGACCUUCGGCCCUCUACUAGCUCUUUUCCCGUUCGAUACGGAGGAAGAAGCUCUCGAGGCCGCUAACAACACAAGUAUGGGCUUGGCUUCGUAUUGUUUCACCAAAAACGUCGACAGGAUGUGGCGCAUGUUUGAGAAUCUCGAGGCGGGUAUGAUCGGGUUAAAUACCGGAAACUCAUCCGCUGCCGAGUCACCUUUUGGCGGAAUGAAAGAUUCAGGGUUCGGUAAGGAGUCUGGCAAGGACGUUGCUAUCAAUGAGUAUCUGAUCACGAAAACCGGAACGUUAACCCUGGAAGGACAAUACUGAAUAAAACAAUGACUCAUAAAAAUGUUGCCAUUUUGGAUCUGGCUAUAAGAUAGCAGAUUUUUAAUGAUAUAUGUUUAGUAUCGAGAGUUGAAAAUAUCAACACGUACCAUAAACUCAGGGACCAUUACGUCAGCAGCAAACCCCUAAAUUCCCCUCCCCGCUCCCCCGAAUAGGUCACAUAAUCAGGGCUUGCUGCUGUGC